AAAAAGAUAAUUUCUGUCCGCAGGUGGAUCGUCGGCGGCAAGACGUUCUUCGAGUUCAACAACCGGCUGGAUGACAAGUACAUUAGCCACGGGGUCAACUACGCCACCGGACAGGUGAGCAUCUUGGCGACCAGGGCCUCCUACCAGAACACCAGGGACAUGCGCAACCUGUGGGAGCUCAACCCGCCCAGGAUCAACUCGAUUGUGACGAUCAGACACGCGCGCACCGGCGGCUACAUGUACGCACCGAAAGGCGACUUGAAGAGCAGGCUCGUCCAGUUGGGCAGUAGACCCAACUCCGGCACCGAAUAUAAGUGGUUCAUCACCUGCAAAUAAUCCCAGCAACGUUAAGACCUUUUUGUAUUCAGAACUUUGAGCGUGAUGGCCUUCCCGCCAUUGAAAAGAUUAUGUCCUUUCACAAAUCGCGGUGUAAUUCACCACUUCUCAUAUAAGCAUAAUUUUAAGAGGAUAAACAAGCAAUAAAAUUCACGCUGUACCUUUUAGGAGUGUAAUUAUUUAUGCGCGCCGACGAUGUUUCCUACACACGUCUAAUACAGGUUAUGUUCUCCUGCUACCGCAAUAAAUAUUCGUUCCCAUACAAAA